AUGGCACCCGACCACUACCAUUUCAUGGGCACCCCCGUCACCACCCUCCGCGGCCCCAAAGCAGACCACGGCGACGUCGCUAACGAUGUACCCUCAAGAUUUGAGCUCUUCCUCCUCGGCGACGGCGAGAAGAAAGUAACCUGGGCCCCGAAACCCGUAAGCUCUUGCCCUCCACCUUAA